CACACGGCAUGGCGAGGCGGGCGCGUGCCGCGCCGCCGCCGAGCGAGAGCGGCCGUAAAGGGAACCUGCGCUGUGCGACAGCGGUGGCGGCGGCAGUAGCAGCGGGCGGCGGGCAUAAUAAAGCAGUGAAGAGAAACUGAAGGAGGUAUUACAUGCCUUACUGAUCAGAAAACUGUUUCUGAAGUCUACUUCAGAAAUAUAUAUACAAACUACAUAUAUAUGUAGUAAAAUCUACAAAGGGUUUUUUUUUAAUAGGUUGAAAGUGCGUGGAGAGCAUGGGUUAUGACAUUGAGCGUUUUGUGGGCUAUGUUAACGAGGGGCUGUUGUGCUCCAUCUGCCGGGACGUGUUGGAGGAUCCAUUGCAGGCUCCCUGCGAACACGCCUUCUGCGCUGCCUGCAUCCAUGGCUGGCUUGUUCAUCACAGUAACUGCCCCGAAGACAGACAAGUGAUUGAUGUGUCUUUGCUACGGCCUCUCUACAGAUACAUGAAAAAUGAUUUAAACCGUCUUCAGCUGCAUUGCAGAAACAGAGAGUACGGCUGUGAAAUGGUUUGUUCUCUGGAGUCUAUAGACAGGCAUGAAAGGGAGUGUGAGUACAGUCAGAUUCCUUGCUCCAAUGCUGGCUGUACAGUGCAGAUCGAGCGGCGUAACUUGGAUGGUCACCUGGCCGUGUGUGAGUACCGGAGCCGGGAGUGCCCCAAUGGCUGUGGUUACACCAUUCUCAGCGCGGAAGACACGCAGCACAACUGUGUAGCCGAGCUAAGAACGGAGCUGGAACUGCUUCGGUCAGAAAUGAUCUGCAGAGUGGAGGAGGCAAAACAUGAGAUGGAGUCAAGGUUAGAUUCACAGAGAAGGCAUAUGGUCCAAAAAGAGAGUAUUCUGCAAAAUGAAAUUGAAGAACUAAAGAGUCAGAUAUCACGACUGAUGUCAGAUGUACGCUCUCUGAUGGCUGCGGAGAGACAGCACCGUCAGGAGCUGGAGCAGGCAGAGCUGGAAAAACGGGAGUUAAUGGAGCUGCUAAAAGGGCUGCAGAAGGACUGCCGAUUAACUACAACAGAGGGAAGCAAGAAGUCAAUGAAUUUCCGUCCUCUGACACGACUAGAGAGUGUAAAAAGAAAGCCGAGAGAAGUUACAGUUAUCUAAACAGUAGUAAGCUCAAAAAGUAUUUUCUUCUAAUACUGACUUCUGGCAAACUUCUCUACUUUCUCUGAAUAAUUGGUAAACUUUAUGUAAUUUCUGAUUCACUUAUUUUCUUUUAAAGUCUAAAUUACAGCUGUGUUUCCUUUGGGGGCAUAAAAACAAAUGGGAGAAUUUUUUUCUGAGGGAACACUGGGAGUUAAAACCAGUAAUUGGCAAAUGUAUUUUUAGGUAAUGUUUUUAUAAAAAGGGGGAAGGAGACUUAUUAUCUCUUCAAUGCAUUAUUUACUAGAGCCUUUUAGAGUCAAAGAUACAGACUAUAAUGGACCAGGAAGGAAACAAUCUUGGAGUACCUAUGUUUAAAGCACAAGAAAGCAAAUGUGAUUCAUCGGUAAUGCCAUUUGGGAUGUACUUAAUUUUGGGAAAAGUGAAUAGUAGAAUUAGUAAGUCAGUAACAGAAAUUAAUAAUUUUUUUUUUUUAAUCUGUAGAUCAUAUUUCAAAGGUGGAAGCAAGCACUUUAAUUUGUAAUUCUGCUAUGUAACAGCUUCAGGUGAGGUUGACUGUUGCUUUAGAGCUUUUUUAAUUUCCCAGGCUCAUACACUUAAAAGACUAAUACCAAAGCCCAAGGUAACAGAACAACCUAGAACCUUUUACAUAGAUGUGUGAGUAACUUGGAGUUUGUGGGAGGGGAUCUAUAUUUUAUUUAAAAAUGUGAAGCUUU